GGGGGGCCUGUGCUCACAUAAUCCGAGUGCCUUGUCUCGAUGCGCGACACCAUCUCCCAUCACACGGAGCCUCUUUACGCGCUUCCGCGACACUACUUCCCUCCAGUCGGCCCUUCGCAGCGCAACAAACGACGCCUUAAUCCCAAUCAUCAUGUCUACCGGCCCGCGCUGAACAUCUCCGGCCUCGUUGACGCGCUGCAAGUCCCGAUAUCAAAUGCUCUCGAAUCGCGAACCAGUCCGCGUAAGGGAAAGGGGACAAAACGCGUCGCGUCGCCGGCACCCAGCGGCACCGGUCGUACGAAGCGCAUGAAGCGCGAGUCUCCAGAAGCCAAAUCCGGUCACGAUGAGAAGAAAUUAACGGAAUUCACUUGGGCCGAGAUGCAAUACCCGAAACUCAAGGCUCUUGUUCCGGACUCUGCGCGUGAUGCAGGCGUGGAGAUCCCCAUAAUGGCCCACACCUUCGAGAUGACCUAUUCCAAUGAGAUUCCAUCUGGUUCAAUAUUAGGGCUGUAUGCUGGAGGAGACGAAUACGAGGAAUGGCCUUCAGAUGAGAAAAACUUGGUCGAUGCCCUACAAGUGUUGGCCUCCGUCAUGGACCACGACGAGCAAGAAAUCGAUCUGGGAAACGCGCUGUUAUGCUCGCACUCUUCACGCGUGGUCGCCGUGUCUCAAGUUCUUGCGAAACGAGAAGGAUCGAUUGACUGGUUCUUGCUUCUUCCCCGUGCAGCUGACGGACUCGACUUGGAGCUCCUCGGCUUACCUGAUGACGGACUGGCCGAGACGCAUGACGUCUUAUUGCAAUGCGUGAAACUGAUGCAGGAGAAACGAGUUGCCAUCGAUGCGAAGUUGAGACUGAGGAUGCGGGCUGCUGAAGACACCAUUCUACCCUUUAGCCUGAGCUUGCAUGUGACGGUGUCGUUGACUCCCAGAGCGUUUGGAACAGAUGGGAGCAAGAGCACGGUGGAAACGAUGCAGCGACAGCUGAUUCAGCAUGUGUAUCCGGAUCCGCUCGUCCAUACUGGCAACGAGGAUCCGACCGUGCCGUUCUUCUAUUCUGUGGUUGGACCCGCACCUCCAGUCGCUACGAGGGAAGCAGAGAACGCGUUGCAACCUGCCGGGCUUGUCGCUACGCUUCUGCCUUUCCAGCGUCGCAGCGUCGCUUGGCUUCUUGCUCGCGAAGGCAAGAUGGUGAGGGACGAUGGAGAGAUCAUCAACAAACCUUCAGCAACGCAGCCCGGCUUCUCUUUUUGGUCCAGGAUUCAGGAAGGAUCUUACGUGUUCUACGUCCAUCGGAUUACCGGGCAGCUUUCCUUGACUGCACCGGAAGAAGAAGAGGGCUUGGGCGGAAUGCUCGCUGAGGAGCCAGGUCUGGGGAAAACAUUGGAGAUAAUCUCGCUGCUGCUCCUCAAUCCUGCAGGCCCAGAGCGCCAUCCAGGAAACAAGCGUUGGGAUGCUGAAGCAAGCAUCGAAGUCAAGACUGUCAAGACGACUCUCAUUGUCACCCCACCGACGCUAGCGCCCCAGUGGAUGGAUGAGCUGCGGACCCAUGCUCCGAGCCUGAAGGUUCUCCUCUACGAGGGGUGGAACAAGGUCGACGUCCCUCUCACGAGAGCGGAGCUCGACAAGGCCCGUGCCAAGAGUCAGAUCUCCAAACAACGCAAGGGAAAGGGCAGAGCUCGCGAUUGGGAUGAGGAUGCAGAUGCGAUGGACGUCGAUACUGAGGUUUUGGAUUGGGCUUCCUUCGUGCAGGGCUACGAUGUGGUCGUCACGACCUACGCCACUCUCAGCAGGGAUGUCAAUGUGGCGCGUGCAGCCAGGCAGCGACCUAGGAGGGAAGACGUUGUCUACGCUGCAACCAUUGAGCGGGCGCGUUCACCUCUGAUCAUGACAGAAUGGCUCCGGGUCGUGAUGGACGAAGUGCAGAUGGUCGGUGGUGGUCAAGUGGAAGACAUGGUGUCGAUGAUUCCUCGGGUUUCUUCUUUCGCUGUAUCAGGCACACCCGCCCGAACACAAGUUGCUGACCUCAUCCAUGUCCUCAGAUUCCUCCGCGUCGAUCAUCUGUUGGGCUACUCAGCACGUCACUGGCAAAGGCUUGUUUGCGCCGGAUACUCGGAAUACUUCCGACGGUUCUUCCAGGGUAUUGCCGUUCGUACGACCAAAGCCAGUAUCAAGACGGAGCUCACGAUACCACAACAAACGCGCUAUCUUGUCGGUAUUGAGAUGGGGAGGGUUGAACGUCACGUUUACGAUCGCAAUCUCGAGAGCAUUCUGCUUGAGCUGGGCCUCGACGCUCGGGGUGUAGAUGUUCGCGGUGAACAACGAACACCAGAUCCUGUGAUCCUGCGCUCCCUUCUGCGUAAAUUGCGAGCGAUCUGCACGCACCCGCAGAUCGGACAACUGGGUGUCAAUAAGAUUUUCAAGCCGGGUGCUUUGAAAAGUAUGGAGGAGGUGCUCCAGGGCAUGUGCGAUGACAACUGGGGUUUAGUCAUCGAGGACUGGAGGUCCCAGAUCCAAAAUCUCGUUCGGACUGCCCAGCUCCGACAGCAUGGAAUCGAACACAAUCGCUACCAGCUGGCCCAGCAGACUUUGUCACUCGCCGAGACGGAGACCAAGAUGAUGCUCGAUGAAAUCCGGGGUGUCCUCGCUGCGCACGAAACAACCAGCCCUGCCCAGCGAUCUGCCAGCCCUUCUGCGCUAUCAGAGGCCGAAUCGGAGGAAGAAGACGAUUCGAAAAUAGACAUCAAGACUAAGGCCUACCGCAGCAAGCGGAAUGCGUUGAAACAGCGGCUCAGGGAAGCUCAGCUCGUCCACCAUCGCGUCAAGUUUCUUCAGGGAGAUGUCUGCCACAUGCUCGGUCCCUCCCACCUCGACGCGGAAAAUGCCGCUUAUGAAGAGGCCGAGUUGAUACGACGCUCGAUCUUGAAUAAAACUGAGAAGGAUGCCCGAGAAUCUAUGAAGCUUCUUGAAGAUAGUGAAACGUCAGGUGACGAUCUCAAGAUCAAGACUCCUUUCUUGCGACACAAGUUGGUCAAGGAAGAAAGUGCAGCUCUUCAACAAGAGGCCAACCAGAUGAUUAGAAAUGUGCUCAAUAAGCAGGCGGAGCUCGUCUCAGAGUGGAGGGGACAACUGACUGGUCUGUUGAUGACGGGUUUGACUCCCGACGAGCAAGCAGACGGCCAGGAGUACCAGCGCACGCUUGAUGACCAGGGAGAAGCUGAGAUCUACCUGACCAACUAUACGGCGCUGCUGGCCGACUAUCGCGAAGUGCUGCUCAAGGAGAAAACGGCAUUGGCGGCCCACAAUGCGAAAGAGAAAAAGCUGCGCGAAACCAAAGCCGCAAUGAAGGCUACAGCUAGAGAUGAGAACGAGAAGACGCCAGAAGUUGCUACUGGGAUUGAACUGCAGCCGGAGCACGAGGUUCUGCACACAGAACUGGCCUCUCAGCGUAAGGCGCCGAUAUCGGCUCUCAAGGGUCGGGCCAUCAAGAGUAUUGUCGUCGAGAUGUCUACGAUGGCUACAAGACUGAAGCGGGAUGAGACCGAGAAGAACAUAUUGCUCGUCGCAGCGAACGAUCUUCGCAAGCUGAUCACCGAGCAAAGUGCUGUGCUCGACAAGUCUGAAACGGAUCUAGCUCUGUAUCGCAAAGUGUUCAAUCAGCGCUUGCUCUACUUCCGACAGCUCCAGGAGAUCUCGGAUGCGGUGACUGACGUCGAGAUUGAGACGACGGUUCAAGAUGAGCUGUUGGAAUGCGAUGCGGAGCAGAAGCGACUCGAGAAUCAAAUCAAGACCAACCGGGCUAGGCAACGCUAUCUCGACAAUCUGACUAAGGGCAGUAACGACGAGGAGGAAGAGAGCACUUGCAUCCUUUGCAAGUGCGAUUUCGUCCGCGGUUUCAUUACUGACUGCGCCCACAUCUUCUGUGAAGAUUGCAUGAAGGCUUGGAUCACUCGGAAAGAAGGCAAUGCAUGUCCAGUGUGCCGCGUUCCUAUUGCAACCGACAAGCUGCAGCGGUUUGUGAUGGCAGAACCCAAAGCCGAGGCUGCCCCGGUCCAGAGCGAGUUCAAUCACGACCAGGUCCCCCACUCCCGGCGUAAAAUCGAAUACAACAGAAUCAAUCCAUCGCUGUUUGAAAAAAUCGAGUCGAUGCCGACGUUUGGAGACUACGGGAACAAGAUACAGACCCUUGUCAGACAUUUGUCAUAUCUACAGACACACGAAUCGGGCUCGAAAAGCAUCGUGUUUUCGGCCUGGGCGGACAGCCUCUUUAUUGUGGAGCAAGCACUGAAUGCCAACGGGAUAACCUCGUUGCGCAUCGAUUCUGGAGGCAAGGGCCGUUCAGCGGUGAAGACGUUCGCAUCCUCCGACAUCGAGGUGCUCCUGCUCCAUGGCGAACGAGAAAACGCGGGGCUCAACAUUACAUGCGCUUCGCGAGUUUUCUUAUUGGAGAGCGUCGUCCACCACGGCUUUGAGAUACAAGCGAUUGCUCGUAUCGACCGCAUGGGACAGUCACGUCCAACGGAAGUUUUCUGCUAUUAUGCUGAAGGCACAGUUGAACGAAACAUUCUCGAUUUGGCUGCUCGUCAGGGAACAUCACUGUACACUAAAAACAACUCGGUGGGCUCCAUCAUGAAUGCCACCGAUCUCGCAGGGACGGACAAGCCUAAGCUUGAGUCCUCCCGGAAAAGCAAGGGCCAACAGAAGGGCGACUUUAUCUUCAAAGUCGAGGAUAUGAUGGCCAUUUUGUUUCCUGCGAUGUUCGAGGACGUCGAGUAUCUCGUGGAUGACCUCGAUGAAGCCGCAACUAAUCGCGUAGUUCAUCCAGGUUUCUCGGGCGAAAAUGCAGUUGCUGGCCCGUCUAGAAUAUCUUAGACGGAUGCAUUUUUUCUCCAAUCUCAAGUUGCCAUUUGGUCUUUGGGAGCAAGCUACAGCAUGAUUCAUACAGGCAUUACCGCGCCAGUUGUUUCCAGUGGCGCACGUGAGAUGACAAGCUGAUGGCUUGAUAGCCGUUCCACACUUGGGAUGCAUAUGUCGUGGGAACAAAUUCAGGGAGAUCGGCUAUGUCACCUCUAGGGCCAUCAAGCAGAAUAGCUUUCUCCGACAACAGCGUCUGGUCCCAGGAAUCAUUCAUAGAUCUCUGUUCACACGUCUCGAAACUAAAUACAAUGACGGGACACAUGGUUCCUCAAUCGAACGUUGCAUCCUGCAGUCAUGUCUAUCCACGCACAGGCAGCGCGCGCGGUCGUUGAAGAUGCCCUCAGAGCACUCGAAUUGGAGAUCAUACCCGCCGGUCCUAUCCUUGCUCAUGCAUUCUCCGCGGACAUCGACCUCUCUCCCAGCAGCGCUCCCAUCUGCAUUAUCGGGGCAGGGUGCACCGGCCUGUACACCGCCAUAAUCCUUGACAAGCUGGGUCUCGAGUACGAGAUCCUCGAAGCGAACAAACGGAUUGGCGGCCGCAUCUUCACCCAUCGCUUCAACGGCGAUGAUGGCAAACGCGCACCCGUCAACGAUCCUGCGCGUUAUGACUACGUUGACAUCGGUGCGAUGCGCUAUCCCCUCAAGCUAGACAUCAUGAAGCGCGUUCGCCGGCUGUUCGAGGAGCUCAAGCUGCACGAAGACGGCCUGCUUGUUGAUUACAAGUUUUCGGCUGACAACACCUUCGAGAUGUACAACGACAUCAGGCACAGGAAGGGGUCGCCGGUCGAUGUCGCGGAUGUUUUCCAAGUCUCCCAGCAGAAUGGGGGUACUGUUCCCGACGAUUGGGUCAAGAAGGGGGUGGACGAGGUUACGACCGGUAUCUUUCGCCCGCAUAUCAAAGAGCUCGAGAACAACUUCAAGAAAGGAUGGGAGAAACUGCGCAGAUUCGACAAGCACUCGACGCGGGGGUAUCUGCUGACCACAAAGCCCAAAGGUGACUCCGUCGAGAGCCCUCAUAGUGUCGAGGUUACCGACAGCCUCAGCGACACUACGAUCUAUCCUGAAUCCGUUGUCGAAUGGCUCGAAACGUUCAACACGGGCACGGGCCUCUAUAACAACGCCUUCGUGGAGAGCGUUAUGGACGCCAUGGACUUUGGUUCGCCGCAUGCCACGCAACUCGGACAGCUUCGGUCCUCGCUGAACUUUUCAUCGCUCCGCAAAGAACCAGAAUUGCCGAGUUGGGUCUGUAUUGACGGAGGGUCGGACAUAUUCAUCGACCGGAUGGUCGAUCUUAUCCAGUACAAACCCGUCACUGGUGCGCGUGUCGUCCGGAUAGAAAGCGCUGGAAACGAAAUGAAAGUGACCUCGAAACAAGGUGAGGCUCACCUCUCCAUACUCCACGAUAUAUGGCCAACGAUUGAUUAGAUGGAGCACCGACGGUCACCAAGAGUUACUCGCAAGUGAUCUGCACCGUGCCCCUGGGCUGUCUGCAGGCUAUCGAUUUCCUCAGCCGGAGGACCUAGGCUACCUCAAGCGCCUGGCCAUACGCUCGCUCAACUACGACACUUCCACAAAGGUGGCAAUCAAAUUCGCGACGCGCUGGUGGGAGGACCCGACGAUUAUGCCGGACGGGCUUCCCAUCUUCGGAGGAACUUCUUCCACUGACCUCCCCAUCCGGACCUGCGUUUAUCCAUCCUAUGGCAAGGACGCCACUGGUCCGCUCCCUGGGGUUCUGCUUGCAAGCUACACUUGGGCACAGGACGCUCAGAGACUGGGUGGCCUGGCCAACCGUGACGGCAGCAGCGACGAAGAGCUCAAGGAACUCGUUCUAAACAAUCUGUCCAAGCUGCACGGUGUGCCCGUCGAAAAGAUGGGCAAAGUUGAGGGUUUCUUUGCGUGGAACUGGCACACGGACCCCAACGCUCGCGGCGCAUUUGCCCUGUUUGGUCCGGGGCAGUUUGGCCAGACUGGACAUGGGGACAGCUUGUUCGCAGGCAUGAAGGCUCCGGGAGCAAGAGGCAAGCUCCACAUUGCCGGUGAAGCGACCUCAGCAAAUCACGCGUGGGUUCUCGGCUCUCUGAAUUCCGCGUGGCGGGCAGUGUACAACGCUCUUGGAAUGCUUCCGGGUCCCGACAGAGAGGCAAAGCGAAAAAUCCUUCGUGACGAAAAGGAAUUUUUUGGCGGUGUUCCCCCGGAAGACACGGUCGAUUCUCUCCUCAAACUCGAGGCUCUCGGAAAGAAACAGUAUUAUGGAUUCUAGAUUACCUGUUGAAUUUUUAGAAAAUUUGAAAUUGAAACGCUUGGCUAU